AUGGAUAGUCGUUUUAAAUGCAUUGUUCAUCAUGGGGGUCAGUUUGCUGAGUUCACGAAUUUAGGUUAUAAUGGCUUAGAGGAAACUUGGGAUGUUGAGUCUGAUUUUUGGAGUUACUUCAAAGUAUUGGGUGGGUUGAAGGAUUUAGGUUAUCCAACUAUAGAGAGCCUUUGGUAUUAUGAUCAAAUGGAGUGUAAUAGCAUAGUGGAGUUGAAAGAUGACAAUGAAACUAGGAGGAUGCAUACAAUUGAUGAGUUGACUGGGGAAGUGCAUUUAUAUGUUAUGCAUCCUAUCCUACAAGAUGAAGUAAUUGAGGAACCAAUACUAUCACUUGAGUACAAUGUUGAAGUAGGUGCCACUGGAACUGAGAUAGGUGAGAACUAUGAUGAGGGAACCACUUGUAUGGAGAAUGUAGUGAAUAAAGGAGACAAUACUGAAAAGUUUCCAAUUAAAAUGGAAAGUGUUAUGGAUGAAGGAUACAUUGAAGUUGAAGCUGAUGUGGAAGGAGGAGAUAUAAAUGACAAGGGGACCACAAAUAUUGUUCAUGAUGUGAAAGCUGGAGACAAGGGGACCACUGAGGUUGGACAUGAUGAGGGGACCACUGAAGUUGAACAUGAUGAAGGGACAAUUGAAAUUGAACAUGAUGGGGGAGAUUAG